GCGGAGAGCUCUCCCCUUGCUGUGAUUGGAGCUUGGAUCCAUGGGUAGAAAUUAAGAUGUACAAAACAAAUCGGUGUCAAUGAGGGUAUAAUCGUGUUCUUAGGCUAGAUGCGCAAUAGAUGGCAUUGCAAGAGCUAGAUUGUGGUUCAACACACAAGCACUGAUUGCUGUUGAUGAACACCACUAGUUUUGAGUUUGCAAAUAUGUGACUGAUUGCAAGAGCCAAAGACGAGGAGGCGCACCAUACAAAAACUUAGUGACAUGAAAUGAUAACAGAACAUUGAAUCAGUAAAUCUGAAAUCAUCUAGAACUUAGUGACAUGUCAACUCCAAACAAAAACUAGAUAUACAGAAAAGCUAGUGUAUUAGUUGAACCAGCUACCUCUGUUUGAACACCAUGAUGGUCAUAGGCAAUACUAGUGAUAAGCUAGUGCACACUCUGAUUUGUUUCAGCUGGGGAAUGGACAGAGAACGUCUGCAGGUACUAACUCAUUUCUAUUAGGAAAUGAGAUGGUAUACAAGUAUACAAGUAUAGGAGUGAUUGCUACAGCAUAUACACAUGCUGAAUUUAGAAAAAAAAAAUGAUGCAAGAACUUAGAAGCAUGGUUUUUGAAAAAAAAAGUAUUGAUUACUGACCAAAUAAUAACUAUGAUGCUACUAAAUGAGUGACCUUGCGAGGUGACUGAAGCCUAACAAUACUAGGAAAGAGACAUCUGAAUGUGAAUGGCCCCAGGAAACUACCAGGUACUAAUGUGUCAGCCUGCACCGAUCAAACACAGGGACCUCAAACAUGUCAUACGCCUUUCAUGUUGGUAGAAAGAAAUGAAAAGCAGAAGUAGCCUUUUCAAAAUAUGAAACGUCUAGGAUUUCUGAGAUGGAGAUGCAAGACCAUAUUUAGCAUCAGUCUAUAAACCUAUGAAGCUAUGUAAUCCCCGGGAAUAAGGCAAGCUGCAUCUUGAUUCAAUUAAUUUGUAUUGAUAAUCAAUUAUUGCAAAAGGAUGUGGAGAUGCUAUGAGAUUUGUAACUUUUAGUCAAGUGUUCUGAGCUUUCUGUAUUGACAGUCAGUUUUCAAAAAAAAAGGACAUAUAUGAACCCCUAGGACUGAAUAAAUAUCAACAAUGAUCUAACAGCAUAUGACUUAGCAUAUGAAUUAUCUUGCAUGUUGCCAAGACAAGAUUAUGCCAACACAGCACAAUGAAUUACAUAUACUUACUAGUACUAUUUUCCAAUACUAUGACCUGUUGCCAACUCAUGUACUUAAAGGUGCAGAACACGUUCAGGGAUUGCAAUGCUAUUCCCUUGACCAAUUCAUAUUCAGAAACUAAGCACAGUCUGAACUUGAAUUGCACUUAAAUAUGAUAGAACAAGCAGUUAGCUGCGUUUAAAUCUUUGAAAACAAUAGUGUGUAUAGCAUGCAGUAUCAGCAAAAGAACUGAAAGUGUUAAUAAUAGCACAAACGUUGGACAACAGUAACUGAAAAUGUAGCUAUUGUAAAUUCAGAAGAAUUUGUAAGUAGCUAAUAUAAAGAUUCAGCCUUGGAUCAUUGCUUACCCGAGUUUCCUUUAUACCAUACUAUAUGCAUGAUACUGUAACCUGAACCUCUUUUUGCUCCAACUCGGGCUUUGUAGUUGCUUUCUGUACUAAUCUGUAAUGAACUACCAGGUUAUGAAAUGCACAGAUAUGGUAACAUGUUUAUCAAUUGAUGCAUAAUACACUGAAUGUUUUUCCCUGAUGCUCUUUGUUCCUUUCAGAUUUGAUCCACUUCCAGUGCUUCAAUUUUGACACAUGCAAAAUUGGUGAUUAGCCAUCUGAGGGAUCUGUAAGUUUACCCACAGAUUUCUAAUAGUCUUUGUGCAAUCAGACAUUUCCUCUGACACAUUGCAAUCAGACAAUUAUUUGUGGCUGCGUAAGUAUGGAGAUGGUUCGAAGUACGAUCCAUCAGAUUGGGUGGCGAUGAAUACUACAACUAGUACCUCAGUUCUGAGGGAGUUGGUCUCUGUUGCUGUGUGACCUGCAUCAUGAGUCUUAAUUUGUUAUUGUGUGCAAGUUUGAAACCAUGGGUAAUGUAACGAAGUGCUAUUUGAUUAAGUGCUAGGAAUUACUGUUGCGGUUAGUAGACAGAUAAUGUAAUGUAAUUAGAUAUGCAGCAGUGGCACCAUUUUGUUUAUUUAAUGUGUUGCAUUGGCACUAAAAUUUGAAUUUGAAUUUGAUGGGGCUUUGCCGCUAGGAAUGGGCACCUCCGCACCUGAGUGCCUCCGCCGGACGGGACGCCAUCCUAUUCAACGUUAACAGUGAAUUCCAGCCAGCCACUCCCAUCCUAUCCAGCAGUAACAGUGAAUUCCAGCUGCUACAGUCCAUUCCAGCCAUCUGCCCAGCCCAGCCAGGGAUUAUAAGUUAAGCCGAACAGGCUGCUGAGCACCCACAUCCCAGUAGCAAGCCGCACAAGGCGCUUGUCGCUCACCCAAUCCAGACCCGGGUAGGCGGCCGUGACCAUGAGGUUGCUGGGCUGCGCUCCUUGGAACAUAAUGUCCGGGUGUGAGGAUGCUCUAUUGUAAUUUCCGGUUUCUUGAGUGAAAUAAUGACAGUGCUACAGAAUUCUUUAGAAAAAGAACUGAAUCUUCAAAUUAAUGAACGUACAACUAGACAAAAGUGGUAUUUCUGUGUACAACUAAUUUCAUAAUGCUAAAUUAUGUAUUGCUAUUGUUAUGGCUCCGGAUGAAGAAGCCACCGAGGAGAAAUUGGCAGUGGGGCACGUGCCCUGGUAACAAAGCUCGCAGCUGCCGAGGCUAAGUGAACGAAUGUUUCUGUUCGCAAAGAUUAUGGAUGUGAAAGAGAAGCCAGAGACGACCAGUGGCCCACCACCGCCACGUCCCGACUGCAUAAAGUGCUUCGAUGCUCUGUGGUUCUGCUACUCACCAUUCCACCAGAUGCAGAGCUACUACCGGUAUGGGGAUUUUGACAACUGCUUCGGCAAGUGGGGUGACCUCGUGGAUUGCCUCACUCUCAAGACGAAGCGGGUGGCAGAGGUGGAGGAGAUCCUCAUUGCACGGGAGAAGGCCAAGCCACACAUCUGGACCUUCCGGACAGUCGAUGAAGCGUCGGACCACUGGUGGAGGAUGUAUAAGCAUUUAGUAAUGAUGUCACCACCACUGCCAGCUGCUGCGCGGCCUCGUCCCAAGUCUGAUAAAUCUUGAGAGUUGAGGUUUCUGCAUGUGUUCUGUACUUCUGUUUGUGUUUAUGUUGCAUUUUGAUAUUAGCGAUGAGUUCUGUUGAAAUCUGAUUGUAACUUGCACACCUAUGAAGUGGAAUCAUCGAGUUAGAUAAAACUACUCUGAUGAAUUCUGAAUAAGUGGGACUUGCAUUCUUAUUGGAUUCGGAUGAAACAAAGUCAAUAAAGCUGCUUAUGUAGAGGCGUUUCCAUUGUGAA